AUGGUGAAUCCACAGUUCUUCCUUUUUCUACUGCUACUGGAAAGCACCCAAGCUAUUAAAUUCGAGUGCGGUGUGCCGGCAAACAAACCGCUACACUAUCUAAUUGAACCUGGGUUCGAAGUCAAGACGGUCAAAGUCGGCACCACUGCAAUCAGCCCGUGUCAGCCGAAUUCUAAUGCUGAUUGUUAUGAGGACAUGCCGGCAGCCGACGUGCAAGUCGUGCUCACAUCGGCGGCGGGCUACACGCAGCUGAAGUUUACUGGCAAAAAUAACGCAGAAAAGACCUUCCAACUUAAAGAGGACGGUACGACGUCUGGUGACGAAAUUGCCAUCACAAAAGCAGGCGUGGUCAACGCAAAUGGUAUUGAAAUUCCAUUCGUACCAGAG